CUUCAAAAAGUCCUUGCGCUGAGAGAUUUCCAACCCCCAGGGAAAUCUAUGUACGCCUAAUUCGUUCUUCAUCUCCUUGAGUCGUUGUUACCGAUCUCCUAUCCGCCAACACUUUCUCUUACACUAUGGCAGACGACGAGGAAAACAUGAGCGAAGAGCUCAACAAUGAGGAUGCGGAGACCGAACAGAAGAUCAUCAACGAAGAAUACAAGACGUGGAAGAAGAAUGCGCCCUUUCUUUACGAUAUGAUUCUCAGUACGGCCCUGGAUUGGCCCACACUGACCACGCAAUGGAUGCCCGAUGUCCACGACGUUCCUGGCACCAACUACCUCAGGCACCGUCUCCUUAUUGGUACACAUACCGCCCCAGGCCAGCCCAAUUACCUAGAAAUAGCGCAAGUCCAAUUACCCAAGCCCAAGAAACCGGAUGUGAAAGACUACAAUGAAGAGACUGGAGAGAUCGGAGGCUAUGGUGGAGGACCUGCCGGCAAGAACCAGUUAGAAGUCAAGUUCAACAUCAUCCAGAAGAUUGACCACCCGGGCGAGGUCAACAAAGCUCGAUACCAGCCUCAGAAUCCAAACCUCAUCGCCACCAUGUGCACGGAUGGACGAGUAAUGGUGUGGGACAAGAGCAAGCUAUCAGGUCGUCCUUCAGGGACCCCAACACCGGCUAUCGAGCUUCAUGGGCAUGAGCGGGAAGGAUACGGCCUCAGCUGGGAUCCCCGUCAGGCUGGCCAGCUUGCUACCGCUAGCGAAGACUCCACGGUCAGAUUAUGGGACAUCACACAAGCAUCAAGAGCCAACAAUGUGUUGAAAGAGUCGAGCAAAUACACACACCACAACAGUAUUGUCAAUGAUGUGCAGUACCAUCCCAACCUUGGCAACAUGGUCGGCACUGUGUCGGACGAUAUGACGAUGCAGAUCCUCGACUUGAGACAAUCUGACACUACCAGGUCCGCCUUGAAAUGCGACAAUGCACAUAGGGAUGCCAUCAAUGCCAUCGCUUUCAACUUGGCUGUUGAUCAGCUCGUUGCUACAGGCAGUGCCGACAAAUCAAUCGCAAUUUGGGAUCUCCGGAAUAUCAAUCACAAGCUACAUGUCCUCGAAGGUCAUAAUGAUAGUGUCACGACAUUAGAGUGGCAUCCAUUUGAAGAGUCAGUGAUUGCAUCUAGCAGCUAUGAUCGAAGGAUCAUGUUCUGGGAUCUGGCCAGAGUCGGCGAGGAACAAACCCCCGAAGACAGUGAGGAUGGGCCACCGGAGUUGUUGUUCAUGCACGGAGGACAUACCAACCGAAUCAGCGACUUCUCGUGGAAUAAAAACAGCCCAUGGGUGGUUUGCAGUGCCGCCGAUGACAACCUGAUUCAGGUUUGGAAAGUCGCAGAGGCUAUUGUAGGACCUGAUGACGAGGACGUCCCUAUGAACGAGCUCGAGGGCUAGGAAUCCAACCAGUAUUUAUGGCAAUUGUCUCUUCUUUCAUGCAACCCGUGGGCUAGGACGAUGCAGUUCGGUUUAAAUGCCUACGACACGUCUUGGCUUGAUGCCUUUGACAUUUGACGAUAGGGACUUGAUGAUUGAAAAGCUGGUGUUGGUGAAAGGGUUUCAACAAACUGCAGGCUCUCCCAGUGAAUCAGUGGCAUGGAGGUGCAAGGUGUUCUGGCCAUCAGGAAAAAAAGGUGACCCGUGAACGAGAUUCCUGCCUGAGCUGGCUAAGGACCUAGGUACUGCUUAUCGAAGACUGCAAAAGUAUGAUCAUGACCUCGAUAUCGCGUAGUUCAGGUAUUGAUCUUUGUGAGAUUAUAUGGGUACCUCGUACUCGUAUUAAGGACUGCCUACAGAGACCCC